AUGUCCCAUAUCUUCUACACUGAAGAGGGCCGAAAGCACCAGGUGAGCGUGAAGGUGAUCCGCAUAGGCACUUUGGAGGGCGACUGUUCCGUCUCCUGCCACACCGAGGCCACGAAGCACCAAAACAAGGUGAUCUUGCGGAAUGCAGCAAGCUGGAGGCAGCUGGUGGAGCUGGUGGAUGUUCUUGGUGAGACGCCCCACGCGCUGAACGCUUGCACGCUGCUGCACCGCCUGGCCAGAGCCGUGGUGCGAGAGGGCAGGGGCCUGUCAGAGCGAGCCCGUUUGCUUCGCAGCCUUGACUCUUUUCAACGGCUGUUGGAGAGAAUUUCACGACUGGUUCCCGACUUGAACAACAUGGAGUUGACCAACUGCCUCUGGGCCUUGGCCACCUUGGAAGCAACGGAUGCAGCCGAGACGGCGCUUCUUACGCAGCUUGCUGCGGGAGCUGCCAAGUACUUGGACAGCUUUGAGCCUCGGAACUUGGCAUUGUCUGCAUGGGCUCUCGCCAAGAUCGGAUAUGUGGACAGGGCCUGGUGUCGUCUUUGGGCGGAAGAGGUGAGCCGGAAGCUCGCCACCUUCGAGACGCGGGAUAUGACCAAUGUGAUCUGGGCUUUUGCCACUGUUCACUGGCGUGACGAGCGCUUCUUGACAAGGUUCUGCAAGGAAGUUGAACUCAAAGCAGAGUACUACACUCCUCAAGAUGUGGGAAACACACUCUGGGCGCUGGCCACUCUUUCAUGGAGGAGUGAUGCCGCACUGGCAGCCAUAAGCAAACGUUGCUUUGACACCGCCAGCACCUUUGACCAGCAGAACCUGUCGAUAUCACUGUGGAGUUACGCAACUUUGGGCUACAAGACAAUGAAUUUGUUUCAUCACAUGACCCAGAUCAUCACCGAGCGCAUCAAGACUUUUGCAUCUCAGGGCAUUGCAAACGUUGUCUGGGCUUUGGCCAAAUUCCAGUUUCAGCAGAAAUGCUUAUUGAUGACAAUCGCAGAAGAAGCCCCGCCGCGUCUUGACGAGUUCGAUCCGCAGCACCUCUCCAUCCUCGCGUGGGCCUACGCGACCCUGGAGUUCCCGAACCGGCCUCUUCUCUCCGCGCUCUGCCAGGCAGCAGUGCGGAAGAUGGACAUCUUCAAUGCACAGCACAUGGCCAACAUGACUUGGGCCAUGGCGACUCUGGCACACAAGGAUGAGCGAUACUUGCAAGUUCUGGCCUCCAAGGCCAUGGAGCAGGUCGCGAGCUUCAAUCCCCAGGAGUGCUCGAACUUGGUUUGGGCGUUUGCAUUGCUUACGUUCCGACACGACCCACUCCUGCAGGCCCUCAGCAUUCGCUCCCAACAAAUCGUGUCUGAUUUCAUUCCCCAGAACUUGGGCAACACAGCCUGGGCCUACAACCGUCUAGGAUACCGGGACGAGAAGUUGAUGGAGUGUCUGGUGAACGAAGCAGCUGGAAGACUCCACGAGUGCGCCGGGCAAGAAAUUCUUGACCUCAUUGAGUCCAUAUCAACCGGCGGAUAUGAGGAUGCUGUGCAAGGGCCCCAGUGGAGUUCACUCGUAUCUUGGGCUGGUCAGAAGUACGAGUCCGUGCAGAGGUUUGUGCAAGUGUCCAGCGAUAUGCCACUCGGCCUUCGCAAACUCUCAGACUUUGAUCGGGCAUUAGCCGUCCAAGACUAUCGGGACCACAUGGCAAGCUUCAGCUUGGUUGGCCUGGGGUUUACAUACACAUCCAAGCUACUUCGCGAGAUGGGUGUCGUUUUGCUGGAAGGCCCUCAGCGUGAGAGUUGGCAGAAUGCAUCACAAGUGGCCGCAGCUCGGAUAACUGGGACGGGCAAUGAAUCCGAUGCGACUAAGAACACUGAAGCACAGGAAGGGUUGAAAGUUUGCCGUACAGUCUGCGUUUAUCGCUAUUCCCUCCGGUCCGUGACCGGGCAGACCAGUUCGGCGGAGCCGACUGCAGUGACCAGCGGGCCCGCUUCCGAAGCUUUUGAACUGGGGCUUUUCGCGGCAGUCUUGCGGCAUCCACGAGGGGGAGAUGGUGAGUUUCAAGCGCUUCAGGCAUGUGCACGUCGAUGUUUGGACUUGGGCUGUAAUCCCAUCGGACCACCUCCUUUGGAUGGCUCUGCCAUCGAGGGCGAGCUCUGGCUCCAUGUCUCCGAGGUUCCAUGUCUUUCUUGCGUUGGUGCUAUGGCGCAGUUUAGGAAGCUCUUCCCAGACAUCAAGAUCCACAUUGCUUUCAACCUGGGGCGUCAGCCAUCACAAGAUGCUACCUCGUCAGCGUCCUUCCAGGUACCAGCCCCUGGAAAGAGCCCCGGCUGCACGCAGCCACAGACCCCGUUUGCCUUGACCCUCCAUGUUAAUUUUCUAAGUGUGCUAAGAUUCGGACCUGGUGAGAACAUGAAGAGCUUCGACAUCGGGCUGAUCGACGAUGACAAUUUCGACACAACCUUGGACUUCAAAUGCAUCCUUAGCGACCCAGAGGGUUGCACCGUUCAGCCGGACCAGAGCAUUUGCCAAGUUCUCAUUUUCGACAACGAUUUGUUUCCCUCCAGUGAGUUUCGAGAAGAACUUCGAGAUAUGAAAACUGUUCAAGAGGAAGAUCUGCAUCAGAUCGGAUUCCGAUUGCUGUGGGCCUUCAUUCUUUUCACUUUUCGACACGUGCCCACCAUAUGGUGGAAAUCCAUUGUGGCCGUUUUCCUUGCCCAGCUGGGCAAUGCCUAUUAUUUGAUGACCAUCUACCUCAAGGUCUAUUUGGUCGACGUUUGCUUGAAUGUCAAGGACGAAGCGACUCUGGAGAGACUUCUUGUCCCAGGAAGCCGUGGUCUUACCGCGGCCGUCCUCGGCCUUGCUUGGGUUCUCCCAAACUUCAUCCUAGUAGCUGCAGACCACUUUGAAAUGUCUGUUCUGGAAAUGGGCUUCCACAUUCGUCAGCACCUGCGUGUAAAUCUCUUUCGCAAGUACUUGAACUAUACUCGAGAGUCCAGGCUGCGAGUUCCUAUUCAAGAUCUCAAGACGAGCAUGAUGGAGGACAUACCGACUUUAGCUAGAGACGGCUACCUCAUUACGUUCGAGAUCUUGAAGAAGGUCAUGAAGGUCUUUGUUGUGGGCUACUGGCUGCUGAAGAAGCACCCUCGCUCUGGCCUUCCCCUGGCAGUCUACCCCACGCUGAUGCUACUCUGGCUCGGCUCACGCUACAAGCGAAGGCUGUGGCUUCUAAAGAAGACCGGAGACGGAGGCAGUGAUACACAAGGUUGGCUGCUGCAUGCAGAUGCGUCAUACGAUCUGGUGAAUGACUAUGGAAAUCGAAAUGCAAUUGUGGGAAAAUUCCAGAAGGUGUUGCAAGAUCAGCGCAAACUGGUGAUGGCGCUGAAGUCCUUUUCCUUCUGGAGCGGCAUAGUAAUUCCAUGGAUCACCAUCAUCGCAACCGGCUUCUACAUCGCUGCGGCAGGAAAGCUCGUGACUGAAGGUGAACUGUCCAUGGGAUCUUUCUUGGCAACGAUCACCUUAUACAAAGAUCUGGGUGACCGAUUCGAUGGGAUCUAUGCCGACUUUGAGGCCUUGUCUGAAGUCAUAGAUCCAUUGUCGGUCCUUACUGUGCAGUUCAACCUGGAAACAGAUUUGCCGCAGCGAAUGGAAGCACACGAAGCACACGAGCAGUACCUUGCGCGACGCCUGUCCGAACUUCCACUUACUUCUGCUUCUCUGUCGGAAAGUGCUUACGACACAGUGCCCAUCUUCCUUACAGAUGUGGUGAUCCGCAAAAUAGAGCCGCCAACACCCGGAGUCCUGGAUCCGCAGAGGCCAGAUGGAGACCUGGUGGAAUACCCCACUGCUCCAAGACUCAGCGAGCCUUUGUCAGCCUGUGUGGAGCAAGGCAGUUUGAUCUGCUUGACGGGGCCGGCCUCCUGUGGAAAGGCCAGCCUCCUCUCCCUGAUCACAAAGGAUUGUCUUCCUGCAUCAGGCGAGAUCGGAAUACCUCCUCAUUUACGAAUUGUCCGGGUUUCUCGGGAGCCUUCCUUCGUGAAGUCCAUGGGCCUGUAUGCCAACUUGGUGUUCGGCGUCCUGUCUUCGGAGGGCGGUCACACCUAUACAAACCAUGACAGGGUCGGCAACAUUCUGCGGCGCCUCUCCUUGCAUCAUUCCUGGAUCUUCCACGCAGUGAUGCAGGACUGUCUCCGAGAAGAAGAGGAGCUGAGUUCGGAGCACCACGAGCACGCGGACGAGGAGGACAUCUUCCAGGAGAUGGAAAGAUGCAUGAGGGAGCACGAGGAGCAAGUCACGGCUCAGGCUUCAACUCUUGAGCUGUCGGAGGUCGAAUCAGAGCAGGACCACCUUCGGUACUGGUACGAUUGCAUGAGCCGGAGUGAAGCAAAGCGCCUACACUUGGCGAGGGCAUUUAUUGCCAGCCCAGAGGUGCUAAUCAUGCACGCGCCGUUCGACGAUCUGGAUGAGGGAUUGGCGCAGGACGUGCUCAAGCUGAUGAGGGACUUCGUGGAUGAGCGAGGGGUUGCCCUGGACCCUGCCACCAAGCACUGCCGCCGGAAACGGAGCGUGUUCUUCUCUGCGAAGGAUACAGCCAUGUGCAGGCAAGUGGCGGAUUUCACGUGCACUCUAGGUCACGACACCGUUUCCCUCAAGCUAGAACCCAAGCAUGGCGAGUCCGAUGGCGGCAGCCCCGGCUGGCUCUGGACAUGCGGCCAGGGUGGUUGA